GAAAAGCUUUAGUAUUGGAUAAUCUAAAAUCUAUAAAUCCAUUGAGCGACGCAUAGCCACAGCCCACUUCUUCACUCUCACCAACUCAUAAAAAUUCAAAGGAUCGAAUCCGAUUUAGGUUGUAUUCAAUGGCAUCAUCAGGCUUGAAAGAAUCAGCUGCUAAUAACCCUGGACUUCAAUCUACCCCUGAUGAAGCCACCAAAGGCUAUUUCAUGCAGCAAACUAUGUUUCGAAUUAAGGAUCCAAAAGUGAGUCUUGAUUUUUACUCUCGUGUAUUAGGCAUGUCGUUGCUUAAGAGGAUAGAUGUUCCAGAAUUGAAGUUUACCUUGUACUUUUUGGGCUACGAGGAUGUUGCAUCAGCUCCAAGUGACCCAAUUGAUAGAACAGUUUGGACCUUUGGAAAACCAGCAACAGUUGAACUAACGCAUAAUUGGGGUACUGAAAGCGACCCUGACUUCAAAGGAUAUCACAAUGGCAAUUCAGAUCCUCAUGGCUUUGGGCAUAUUGGCAUCACUGUGGAUGAUACACGCAAGGCAUGUGAGAGAUUUGAACGCCUUGGAGUAGAGUUUGUCAAAAAACCGGAUGAUGGCAAGAUGAAAGGAUUUGCAUUCAUUAAGGAUCCUGAUGGUUACUGGAUCGAAAUCCUUGAUUUCAAAACUAUUAGAGAAGUAGUUAGGGGUUUGGCUUGAGUUAAUGCAUCAGAAACUUCAGGAAACAGGGUUACACAUUGCCUCAGCUUCAGUCUCUAUCCCAAUACAUCAUUUCUUCUGCUUUUCCAGAUCAUCUCCAGAGUGGACCUCUGCCCUUCCCAUCCAUGGAAAUUUCAAUAAAAGCACAUUGUGUUUCCGGUGUGUUUUCUCCUGCUUGUCAUUGUCAACUACUUCAAACAGAAUAAUGGGAAUUCUUUUUUUUUUUUGAAAAGUAGAAUAAUGGGAAUUUUUAACUGUGGCUUUUUAAAUUGUUGGUUUUGUGAAACCAGAGUGAACUUUUUAGACUAUUCUAGCCGUUUUGUAUGAAUUGUUUCAAGCAUUACCAUAAA